AUGGAGCUGGUUUCCGGCUUGUGGAGGCAGGAGUUGUGGCUUCCUCCGGGUGUGACCUGGGAGGACAUGAAGCGCCUGGGACCCUCUGCACGUCCCAGACCCCACGACCUGCUGCUCACACUGCCCCUCGCUCUGGCUUUUGUGGCGCUACGUUUUCUGUUUGAGAGGUUCCUUGCCCCACCCUUGGGCAGCAGUUUGGGGGUGAGAGACAGAACAUUGGUGUGUGCAGCCCCCUCCUCUCCGCUGGAGUCUUAUUACAGGCAGCACAGCAGAACCCCCACUCAGAAAGAAAUGUUGUCGUUAGUGUCACAGAGCGGAAAAACACUUCGGCAGAUUGAGAUAUGGUUCAGACUGCGCCGGAACCAGGACCGGCCAUCUCAGACCAAAAAGUUUGGGGAAGCUGCAUGGAGAUUCUUUUUCUACAGUGCCGCCUUCAUUGCUGGAUUAUGUUGUUUGAUUAAUCGACCGUGGUUUUGGGACCUCAGGGAGUGCUGGAGUCAAUAUCCUCUGCAGCCCAUGGAAAGUACUCAUUAUUGGUACUACAUGCUGGAACUGGGGUUUUAUGAAUCGCUUCUUCUCAGGAUCUCUGUGGAUGUCAAAAGGAAGGAUUUCAGGGAACAAGUGAUUCACCAUUUGGCCACAAUCUUCCUGCUCAGUUUCUCUUACUGCGCCAACUAUAUUCGCAUUGGGACUUUGGUCAUGCUCCUGCACGACUCCUCGGAUAUCUUACUGGAGUCUGCAAAGAUGUUCAACUAUGGCACCGGCUGGAGAAAAACAUGCGACUCUCUUUUCGUUGUGUUUUCUGCUGUUUUUCUCAUCACUCGCCUUGUUAUUUUCCCAAGCAAGAUCAUCCACACCACCUUGGUUCUGUCCAUGGAGGUGUUCGAGCCCUUCUUUGGAUACUACUUCUUCAACGUGCUGCUGAUGGUGCUGCAGGCUCUUCAUUUAUUCUGGGCUGGUUUGAUCUUAAGAAUGAUCUAUAAAUUCCACCAAGGCAAGAUGGAAAAGGACGAGCGCAGUGAUGACGAAAGUGAAGUUGAAGAUGAAGAUAAAGAAGAGGAACAUGAACAGGACGCAAGCUGCUGUUGGGACAAAGAGAGACUCAACUCCAAACUCUCUGUUCUGACCAACAGUUGUGUCCUGAACAAUUUCACCAACCACAGAGCGUCCGACUCUGACCGCAUGAGGAAAGCCCAGUGA